UUUUCUCUCUCUCUCUCUCCCUUUUCCAAUCUUUCCCUUCAUCACCGCCGUUGAAUCUCUCUCAUAAAAGCUUUAUUUUGCCCCCAAUCACCCGUUUCCUGCAAAAGGACUUGCAAUUUUCAUCGUCUCCAUCAUCAAAACCCUAAUCACCCUGUUCAUAUAAUCAAAGUUUUUGUGAAAACCCAGUUCUGAUUCUCGAUUUCUGGUUCGAAAAUGGUGAAACCCUUUCUGGGUUUAGAAAUUCGGGCUCGAUUUCUCUUGCUCAUCGUGUAUCUCCUCUUUCUUGGUGUAAUUUAUGUUGACUCUCAGUCGAGCUCUGAUGAUGCUGCUGUAAUGCAAGCUUUGAAAGCUAAUCUCGGUCCACCGGAAUCACUCGAUUGGUCCGACCCGAAUCCAUGUAAAUGGGCUCAUGUUCAAUGCACCAGAGACAACCGGGUCAACCGGAUCCAAGCCGGAAACCAGAACCUCAAAGGUUCUCUUCCUCAGACACUCAACAAGCUCACUGAACUCCAAGUUCUUGAGUUCCAAAACAAUCAACUCAGUGGGCCACUCCCGAGUCUCUCUGGGUUGACUCAGCUCCAGAACAUUCUACUCAAUAAUAACAAUUUCUCUUCAAUUCCCUCCGAUUUCUUCGAUGGUAUGUCUUCUUUGCAACAUGUUUAUCUGGAUUACAACCAUUUUACUGCAUGGUCUAUUCCGGACAGUGUAAAAUCCGCAUCCACUUUGCAAACUUUCUCGGCGACAUCCGCCAAUAUCACCGGAAACAUCCCGGAUUUCUUCGGCGGCGAUACCUUUGCAGGGUUAACCACUUUGCAUUUAUCUUACAAUUUUCUCGAGGGCGGAUUACCCACUUCGUUUUCGGGUUCUUCCAUCCAGAGUCUUUGGUUAAAUGGGCAGAGCAGUAGGUCUAAACUAAAUGGAACUCUUGCUGUUCUUCAGAACAUGACUCAAUUGACCGAAGCUUGGCUUCAAUCCAACCUGUUUUCCGGCCCUUUACCGGACUUUUCAGGCUUAAACGAGCUGCAGAAUUUGAGUGUAAGAGAUAACAGCCUAACGGGCCCUGUUCCACCAUCUUUGAUAGCUUUACAAUCUUUAAAGGUUGUGAAUUUAAGCAAUAAUCUGUUACAGGGGUCUCCACCAAAAUUCGAUAAAUCUGUGGCUGUUGAUAUGAAUGGGGGGAAUAGUUUUUGUUCAUCGAAUCCUGGGGAUGCUUGUGACCCCCGUGUUAAUUCGUUGCUUGCAGUCGCAGAAUCUGUAGGUUACCCGCAUAUUUUUGCUGAUAAUUGGAAGGAUAACAAUCCGUGUAAGCCGUGGUUGGGGAUUACAUGUUCGCCUGCUGGCAAUAUUACUGUUAUAAAUUUCAAGAAUAUGGGUCUAACGGGUACAAUUUCCCCCAAAUUUUCCUCCAUUAACUCGCUUCAAAGAUUGAUUCUUGCUGGCAAUAAUCUCAGUGGAACCAUACCUGAACAACUUAAAGAUUUGCCUAAUUUAAUCGAGAUAGAUGUUUCAAACAAUCAUCUUUAUGGUCCAAUUCCAAGUUUUAGGGGAACUGUUAAGGUGGAAACUGAAGGGAAUCUUGAUAUCGGAAAAGAUGGUCCUAGUCUGACUCCGGUUUCACCUUCUGGCGGUGCACCUGGCGAUCGAACUGGGCCUAAUCGCGGUGGUGGUGGCGGUGGCAAGAGUUCAAAUACUGGGGUGGUUGUGGGAUCUGUUGUUGGCGGUGUUUGUGCCGUGUUCUUUGCCGGUUUGCUUGGUGUUUGUGUCUACAAGGCUAAACGAAAGCGUUCUAGCGGUAUCCCGUAUCAGAACACGAUGGUGAUUCAUCCCCGCCAUUCAGCAUCUGACGGCGAUGGUGUCAAGAUCACGAUCGCUGGUUCCAGUGCAAACGGCGGGCCCACGAGUGAAACCUACAGUCACACAAGUAGUGGACCUAGCGAUAUUCACAUUGUUGAAGCGGGCAAUAUGGUAAUUUCGAUCCAAGUUCUCAAAAACGUUACGAACAAUUUCAGCCCUGAUAACGUUCUUGGAAGAGGAGGAUUCGGGACCGUUUACAAAGGGGAAUUACACGAUGGAACCAAGAUCGCAGUCAAAAGGAUGGAGUCUGGAGUCAUGAGCGAAAAGGGGCUUGACGAGUUCAAAUCGGAAAUUGCGGUUCUUACAAAGGUCCGGCAUCGGCAUUUGGUGGCACUUCUCGGAUACUGUUUGGAUGGUAACGAAAGGCUUCUUGUUUACGAGUAUAUGCCUCAAGGGACACUUAGCCGGUUCUUGUUUAAUUGGCAAGAAGAAGGUUUGAAACCGCUUGAAUGGACGAAAAGAUUAAUAAUUGCGUUAGAUGUUGCUCGAGGUGUUGAGUAUUUGCACGGUCUAGCACAACAAAGUUUUAUUCACCGAGAUCUUAAACCGUCCAAUAUUCUUCUUGGCGAUGAUAUGCGGGCGAAAGUUGCGGACUUUGGGCUCGUUCGGCUCGCCCCAGAUGGGAAAGUUUCACUCGUCACAAGAUUAGCUGGAACUUUCGGGUAUCUUGCGCCCGAAUACGCAGUGACGGGCCGAGUAACGACCAAGAUAGACGUGUUCAGCUUCGGGGUAAUCCUAAUGGAGCUCAUAACGGGCCGAAGAGCACUUGACGAAACGCAGCAAGAAGAAAGUGUCCACUUGGUGCAAUGGUUCCGCCGAAUGCACAUAAACAAAGACACAUUCAGAAAAGCCAUCGACCCUACCCUUGACCUCGAUGAAGAAGCUCUAGCAAGCGUUAGCACGGUUGCUGAACUAGCCGGCCACUGCUGUGCCCGCGAACCGCACCAGCGACCUGACAUGAGCCACGCGGUCAACGUUCUCUCGUCCCUAGCCGAGCUCUGGAAGCCGUCCGAGCCAGACCCCGAUGACAUUUACGGAAUUGACCUCGAUAUGACGUUACCGCAAGCGGUCAAGAAGUGGCAGGCGUUGGAAGGAAUGAGCGGCUACGAUAAUUCGUCGGUUAUUGGAAGCAACGAUAAUACACAAACGAGCAUACCGACUCGACCUUCAGGGUUUGCGGAUUCGUUCACUUCACUAGAUGGGCGGUGAGGCUCUAAAAAGGGGCUCGGGCUCAGGCUCGGGCUCGGGCUGUUGUUGUUUUGGAAAUCAUAAUCAGGAUUGGUUUGUUCAUUCUUUCUGAUGCUUGUUUAUCUGCUGUUUUUGUUAAAUUGUCAGAGAUGGUUUUGUUCUUGUAUUUUGGAUAGUUCUUUGCUGCUUUGAACUUUGAAAAUGCAAAAAGAUAGGAAAGUUCUUGCA